GAUGGUGGUGGCUUGGAACGUGCGCAUGCGCGAACGGGCACACAGAGGCAGUGAGGUUUUCGUGCCUUUCCAGCAGCUGGAGGGGGGGGGAAUGGGUGGAGAAAGGGGGGGGGUCUCUGAGAGCCCCGCCCCCCCAGAACCCCCUGCCCGAGGAAAAAGCGGGCUGGGGGGACGCUGGAUCCCACCUGCCCACCCCACGUCUCAAGGGAGGACUUUUUAUGCGAUUUCCUGGAGGGAGAGCCAGCAUGAUUUCUUUGAUGGAGCAAAGGGAAGAACUAUAGGUUAGGAAUGAAAACCUGGGCCAAGAACCAAAAGAAAAGGAAACCAGGCAAGAUGCCCACACAGAGGAUGGCAGGACCACAGAGAAUGAAGACUGGGAAGAAGAAGAAAAGGAGGAAGAGGAAGAAUCUUCACUUGCCUAUGAAGGCCAGGACCUCAAGGUCCCUCUACAACUCCUGGACUGGGAGGAGGCAUGUUGAGGCUCUACACAGCAGGAAUAUCCAGAACGGGGACAGGAAAGCCAGGCUCCAAAGGGAGAAAACCUCCAGGGGGAGCUGUUCCUGGGGUAACCAACAUUGUCGUCUUGGCUAUCGCCGUGUGGGUACCAUCUCUCCCCGAUUCUUUGACUGCCCCGAUUGCGAGAAGCGGUUUACUCUUGAGUUCCCACCUGAUCCGACACCAGCGAGUACACACGGGGGAGAGACCGUUUGGGUGCCGAUCCUGCACCAAGAGCUUCUCUCAGAGGUCGGACUUGGUGCGCCAUGAACGCACACACGCCGGGGUCAAGCUGUACCGGUCCACCCAGUGUGGGAAAUCCUUCUCGGAGAGUUCCCAUCUCAUCCGCCACCAGCUGAUCCAUUCUGGGGAGAAAACUUUUAAGUGUAACGUGUGCGGCAAACGAUACGGGGACAGCUCCUACCUCACGGUGCACCAGCGGGCCCACCCGGGGGCUCGGCCUUACCGCUGCGCUCGCUGUGGCAAGAGUUUUGGCCGAUCCUCGACUCUCAUCCGUCACCAGCGGGUUCACGGGGACCCAGCGCCUUUCCCUGGGGACAAGCCUCGUCCCCGAGGUAUUUGGACCGCAUUUGCCUGCCUGUCGGGCGAUGGGGUGGCAGAGCCACUUCUCGCUCCUCAGAGGAUGUCCGCGUCACUGGCGCAAUCCCUUGCGUCGUCUGUGCUGUCCCUGCUGCCCCCUCCACGGAUGGACCCCUGUUCCGUGAGGAUUAUGGGAUGGCAAUGGGUGAUAGAAUGAAAAGAAUGGCAGAGAAUCAUAAUGGAGUUGAGCCUGCUUUGAAGAAGAGGGCCAAGGAUUGGAUGAAUAGCGGGGAUCACCUUGGUUGCUAGGGUUACCUAAGGCAAUCCGAUGGAGGAAUAACUCCUUGUGAGAGCUGAUGGACCAUGUCAAAAAGGUUGACGGAGGGUAGAAGAAGCUCUUUGGCUGAGAAGUAUUUCAUAGUUGGGAAUGACGAGAGUUAAAUAACUGGAGGGUCUUUUGCUUAUUAAAGACAAUUCAAUAUUGGGGAUUAUCAGAAAGGCAUAACAGGAUAUCCCAAAGGUGCUUUUUCAACAGGCAACUAGAUUUUCUUGUUUUUUUUCUUUUGAAGACGUUUUGCUUCUCAUCCAAGAAGCUUCUUCAGCUCUGACAUUCCUUGCAAUCUGCGUCCUUUUGCUUCCAACAACCCUCUAAAACGAUGCAAAGGACCAGCUGUCUGCAAGGAAUAUAAAUCCUUCCAUUCCCCACUAUCCAGUCAGAGCUGAGGAAGUUUCUUGGAUGAGAAGCGAAAUGUCUUCAAAAAGAAAAAAAACAAGGAAGUCCAGUUGCCUCCUGAAAAAAAGCACUUUUGGGACAACUAUGACCUGAAUGACUGAGAAUCUUUACAGAGUUUUAGCACAACAGUUUUAGCACUCCAAAUCAAAAGAUCAAUUGAUUGAAAAUUACAAAAUUGAAUCCCUUGGUUUGGCUGGGAUAAUUAACUGCCAGAAGGAUGUGUUGAUUGCCAAGGCAAUCCGUGGGGCGAUAAUUUGGUUUCUAAAGCAACAAUGCAACAUUGAAGAAUGUGGUUGACCGAUCAGUUGCACGGACAGUUGCAUCCUGUGGCCAGAAUAGGUUGUUUUGGGCAGCUGGUAACUGAGAAAAGAGUAUUGCCUUGGUAUCCAGUUAACUAAAAUAGUGGGAGUUUUUAGUAAACCUUUUUGGUUGCGAAAAGAGAAGGAUAAAAAAAAAUUGGCCAUGUCAUUGUAAAUGGUUGGUUGUCAUGGUGAUAGAAGAACAUUAAAUGGGUUGAUGGCUAAAGGAGUGGAAAUCAAGGGACUGGAUGAUCAGCUUUAUUAUUUGGCUGCUUCACCAAAGGUGGGAGGACAGCUGACUGAGAUGAAAUGUUCAGCAAUUAUGUGGUUGUCGUCAGCAUAUGCUUACAUAAGACCUGAUGUUUGCUGAUUUGGAAUCCAAAUGCAUCUUGGAAAUGGUCUGCUUUAACCAGUUUAUUAUACCCAUCUACCCCAAUCUGGUGCCUCCCAGGUGCAUAGGACUAGAACUCCCAUCACUCUAGGUCAGGCCCUAGGUGAUGCUGAGUUGCCCGAUUAAAAUGGAAAGUUGGGCGGAAGCCACAAUUACUACACAAUUGUUAGGCAAGUUAAAUUUGUGUCACCAUCUUUGACUGUCCUUUGGAGAGGGUUAGGCUUAUGAGAAGGGAGCAGAUCAUUCAACUCUGUUGUUGUCUAUAUCAGGGGUCUCCAACCUUGGCAACUUUUAAGACUUGUGGACUUCAACUCCCAGAAUUCCACAGACAGUUUUAUUUAUUUAUUUAUUAUUGCUAUUUAUAUGUCGCUUUUCUCCCUGGGGACUCAAGGCGGCUUACAAAAUGACAAAUUCCAAUACAAAUCACAAUGAAAUAAAAUUAAAAUCAGCAACCCUAUUAAAACAGUUUAAAAUUAUGACAGUGUACCCCCAAACUGAUCAGUUGAGUUGACGGAAGAGCCACGUCUUCAGCUCACGACGGAAGGAAAGAAGGUCGGGGGCUGUCCUGAGCUCGGUGGGCAAUCCAUUCCAGAGGGUCAGGGCUCCCACAGAGAACGCUCUCCUCCUGGAGGCCGUCAGCUGACAUUGUUUGGCCGACGGUACCCUGAGGAGGCCGAUUCUGUGAGAGCGCACAGGACGAUGGGAGAGCGGCUGGAGAUGGUCCUGCAAGUACCCCGGGCCUAAGCCAUGAAGGGCUUUAUAGGUAAGCACCAGCACCUUGAAAUGUAUCCGGAGCGCCACCGGCAGCCAGUGCAGCUCACACAGGAGAGGUGUUACACGGGAGUAUCUAAAUGCCCCCGUAACUACCCGCGCGGCUGCGUUCUGGACUAGCUGGAGCCUCCGGACGCAUCCCAAGGGCAGCCCCAUGUAGAGGGUGUUACAGUAGUCCAACCUAGAGGUAACGAGGCCAUGAGUGACCGUGGCGAGGGCAUCCCGGUCUAGAAAAGGGCGCAACUGGUGCACAAGACGCACUUGUGUGAAGGCCCCCCUGGUUACAGCCGUCAGAUGGUCAUCUAAGGACACCCGAGAAUCUAGGAGGACACCCAAGUUGCGGACCCUAUCGGAGGGAGCAAGAGUUUCUCCCCCGAUCAUUAAAGAUGGAACCUCCAGAUUCUGGGAUGCCGGCAUCCACAGCCACUCAGUCUUGGAAGGGUUGAGUCUUAAGUCUGUUCCUCCCCAUCCAAACCUGCACCGCUUCCAGGCAGUGGGACAUCACGGAAAGGGCAUCCCUAGGGUGGUCAGGGGUGGAGAUGUAAAGCUGGGUAUCAUCAGCAUAUUGAUGAUACCUCACCCCAAAACCACGAAUGAUCUCACCCAGCGGUUUCAUGUAGAUGUUAAAGAGCACGGGAGAGAACCGAUCCCUGAGUCACCCCACAAGUGAGAGGCCUCUGGGAGCAUCCCUGACCCCCCCGCCCAAACAGACUGCAGGCCACCAGAGAGAUAGGAGGAGAACCACUGUAAAACAGUGCCUCCUAACCCCAUCCCCCUGAGCCACUGCAGCAGGAUACCAUGGUCGAUGGUAUCGAAAGCUGCUGAGAGGUCAAGAUGGACCAGGAUGGAGUAACAACCCCCAUCCCUGGCCCGCCAGAGAUCAUUUACUAGGGUGACCAAUGCCGUUUCCGUGCUGUGGCCAUGCCUGAAACCAGAUUGGUAAGGAUCGAGGUAGUCUGUUUCCUCCAGGAAUUGAACUCCACAAGUCUUAAAGUUGCCAAGGUUGGAGACCCCUGGUCAACAUUGCUUGGUGAUGGGUCUUCAGGGAGGUCUAUUCUUGACUGUAGAGUCCUUGGUGCUCUCUCAGCUUGGUUGUUUGCUUGCGGAUGUUUUCGUUACGCAACUAGACAACAUCAUCUCUUAUCGUUCAACUUAAGCUGCACAUAUUCUAUUAGAACUUUGAUUGACUUCCUCCUGGACAUCUCAAAGAUUGCAUGGAGGAAGAUUUUCUACCCUGCCCUGCAGGACUUCAACGUUGCAUGAUCAGACUGUAUGUGCAAAGCUGUAUACAGCUACAGGGAGGGUGUCCUCCUGGAUUCUCAGAUGGGGAAUUCUGGGAAUUGAAGUCCACAUGGUCUCCAAGCUUCCAAGGUUAAGAAACACUGCCCUAAUCAGAGGGCAGAGGAAAGAAUCAGAUUUGAUUGCCAUCUUUACCAUGCACUACAGGUAGCCCUUGAAUUACGACCGUCAUUGAGCCCUGCAAUUACGUUCUUAAGUUGUGAUGGCCCAAAAACAGGUCAUCAUGUAAAUCAGAUCCGAUUUUAUGCCCUUUUUUUGCUGCUUUCAUUAAAUGAACUGAUUGUUCUCUAUGGGGCGUUUUUUUGCCAGAAAACAGAAGUUAAACACUGGUUUUCCUCCCCACAAAGGAAGGAACCUUCCCCUACCCCUAAAGGAGGGGUGGGGAGAACAAGCAGAUAUCAGAAUUUCAAAAUUGGGUCGUAAGUAGCUUUUUUCAGGUCCGUUGUAACUUUGAACUGCCAUAAGUUGAGGACUAUAUAUGACUAAUUUUUUUCCCUUCUAAUUUAGGCUCCCCCUCCUACUCCAUUCUCCACAGGAAAUGACUGUUUCCUGAAUUCUUCUAGAACUUCCUUCUCCAAUGGAUAAUAAUUCAAAUUGUUCCUUCGGUUACGGGAGCUGUAAUCCAACACACCUGGAAAUUGCCAAUUUUCAUUUAGCUUCUGGGAAAAGGAGGAGGAUAAAAGUUGUUAAGGGUUAAUGGUUGGGGCUGGUACCCAUUUUGGAAAUAAACCCCUUUUAGAUGAAAAAUGUAGUAGCUUUGGACUUUUUCAGUUCCAGAAGACAACAAAUGUAUUUAUGGCUAUUUGUGUAUUCUUUAACCUUGUUUUCCUGUGCAGUAAAUACUUAGUUUAACAGACAUCGGACUUGUCAUUUAACAGACAUAGGUGGUAGACAAAAUCUGUUUUUGCUCAAAAUGUGUCUGCCUGUGUGUAAAAUCCCAUCUGCCGCUUGUACACACACAUAAAAUCCCAUUUGUGUUUAGUGGACAUUCUGCUUUAAUGGACCACCCCUCUGCUCCCAUCAGCCCAUUAAAUUGGAAAGUUGGCUCCA